CAGCAAGUUUCUGAAAAAACCUUCGUUAAUUUUGGUAUUCAGGUUGAUUUAUUUGAAAUAACUUAUAUUGAUUUUGAUGCACAGAUUGAUUUAGUUGAAAAAUCUUGUGCUGAUUUUGAAUCCCAAACAUCCUUUUCAGAUUCAAUAUGUGAAAUUCUUCAAAAAAGAAUUGACGAGUUAGAAAAAAAUAAUAAACAAUUAUUAAGUGAAAAUAAGGUAUUAAAAAAAAGGCUAAGUGAAAGAUUUACUAAUCAAAAAGAUUGUAUUCAUUCUAUAAUAGAAAUUGCCAAAAAAGAACAAAGUAAUUUGUAUGAAGACGUAAUAAAUUUAAUAAAAAAUCAAAAGCAGUUUGAUUUAGAUACCAUUUGGAAGGAGAAUACUCUAAAAGACUAUCUAAAUCAAACUGCUUUUGAUUUUUUAUUAAAUUUAUUAC